GAAAAUCCCACAACUUUGAAAAUGAGAUACACCGACUCUUCCUUUUCCCCAAUUCUUUCAUACCAGCUAAUCUAAUAGGAUAAUACUUGACGGCCACAUCAUCAACAGCGUCACCACCUUCUUUUUUGUUGUCUUGCUGAUAUGAAUCUCGCCGGACUUGCUUCAUCUUCUUCCUGAUUCAGCAGCCAAACAGGGGAAUUGGGAAGCUUAAUUAUGGAGGCCGCCACCACCACCACCCAAACAGGGAAGAUACAUGUUGCUGUCAGCAAUGAUCUGCAAGAUGGAAUCAAAACCUUGAAUUGGGCUCUCAGUAAAUGGAAGUCUCAUCCUAUUUCCAUUGUUAUUCUCUAUGUCAGUCACAACACAUCCAAGGAUCACGUUUAUACCCCAUUUGGGAAACUCCCUGCAAGAUCAGUGAACGAUGAGAUGUUACCAGCUCUCAGGAAGUUAGAGCAAGAUAAAAUCGACAGGCAGCUCUCUAAGUACGUAGCUUUCUGCGGGAAGGUACCAGCUGAAAUACUCAAAGUCGAGAAAUUCGAUGAACCUAUCCAAAAACGCAUCACAGACUUGAUUCUCGGUCUAGAGAUAACCAAAUUGGUCAUUGGAUUUUCAGUGAUGAAGCCCUCCUGGAAAUCAAAAGGUGCCAUAAGCGGAUUGUUCUAUAUUCAUCAGCAUAAGCCAGACUUCUGCGAACUGUUCAUCUUAUGUGGAGGGAAACAAGUAUUCAUGAGAGGAUCACGGAACGAUGAAAAGAUCAUGGAGGACGAUAAUGGGUUCGUGGUUGCUAGAAUGAGAGACAAGAUAACGUUCAAAGAUUGGUUAGAGAAAGUGUUGCCUGAGGGAAAGGUGGAUUCCCCUGCAGAUUCUAGAAGCCGUCGUGGAUUAGCAGCGAGUAUGGAAUCCCCAGGUUCACAGAACCAGUGGGAAUUCUAUCGCCAAGAAAUUGAAACUUAUUUCCAGGAUUUGUUGUCUUCUAACACGAAUGAACAAACUAGCCUUGAGCAUCCAGACAGUGACGUCUCGAGGAUUAGUGCAAAUGAACCAGAUGAUGUCAUUGAACAGAACAAUUCUAAUCUGAGGGGAGGGGAAAAAAUUGAGACGCUGACGAGAAAACUGGAGGAGGCGCAUAAGAUGAUCCAAUUGAAGAGGAAAGAAGCAAAAGAGCACUGUGAUAGACGUGCAAAAGCUGAAUGGGCCGUUUGUUUAUGCAACUCUCGGGCUCAGGAACUUGAAAGCAAAAUAAAGGAAGAAAUCGGCAUGAAGGAGGAGCUGGCCAAAGAAUUGGAAGCCGAGAAAGAAAUUACAUUCGAAACCAGACGUGAUAUUGAGGAAAGCGGGAAAAGGUUGAGCUCGCUGCUGGAGCUUCAAUCGGAGCUCUCAAACAAGCUUCAGAUCUCCACACAGGCAAGGUCAGAAGCCGAAAUCCAAUUGGAGAAUGCAGCGAACUCCAGGUCGGAGAUGGUGGCUGAGAUAGACGAGCUCAGGAGACAAAGAGACGUGCUUUACAGAAGGAUAGAGUUCUGUAAAGAAAAGGACGCCAUAGGAAUGGCGGCCAGGCUGACUGAACCCAGUUUCAGUUUCAGAGAGUACACGACCCACGAGAUCAGGUUGGCCACCGACGACUUCUCCGACCGCCUCCUGUUGAAGUCCGGUGGCGCCGACUGGACCGACGUCUAUAGAGGAAAAAUCAACCAUUCCACAGUAGCCAUCAAGAUGCUCACUUCCACCCAUGUCUUGUCCCCACAAGAAUUCCAAGCUAAGGUGAGACUACUGGGUAGCAUUCGACAUCCUCACGUGGUGGCUAUGGUGGGGUUCUGCACCGAGCUCAAAUGCGUAGUUCUAGAAUAUAUGAACAAUGGGAGCCUGAGGGACAUGCUAUUUUCCAGAAGAAGAAACCGGGCCUUGGGUUGGCAAGACCGAAUUAGGAUAGCCGCAGAAGUUUGCUCGGGCCUGGCCUUUCUUCACUCGGCCCAGCCCAUGCCCUUCGUUCAUGGCCACUUAACUCCUUCCAGUAUCCUCCUUGAUCGCAAUCUAGUUGCAAAAAUCAAAGGCUUUGGGUCUAAAGAAGGCAGCCUAGAAGCAGACGUAAGGGCCUUCGGAGUCUUGAUCAUGCAUCUCUUGACAGGAAGAAACUGGGUGGGUCUCGUUGAGGGCGAGGUGAUGAUGGGAGAAGAUUUGGUUAAAGUUUUGGAUGAGACAGCUGGGCCGUGGCCCAUGAAAGUAGCCCAAAAGCUAGCAGGGCUAGCCGCGAAGUGUAUGGGCUUUCCCAAUGGGCCUCAGCCCAAGGAAGGAUUGUGCAUGGGAAAUGCAAUGAUGGAACUAAAUGAGAUCAGAAGAGAGGCAAAUCACGAAGUUGCAAGAGGAGACACGACGAGAUUCACCGGAAGUGUAGAUAGGGAAGAUCUGAUGGAUGUGCCCAAUGUUUUUCUUUGUCCCAUACUUCAGGAGGUAAUGAAGAACCCACACGUGGCAGCAGAUGGGUUUUCAUAUGAAUUAGAAGCAAUAGAAGCAUGGGUUGGUUCAGGGCAUGAUAGAUCGCCAAUGACAAAUGCAAGACUAGCUCACUUGUUCUUUACCCCUAAUCACUCUCUUCGCUCCUUAAUUCGGGACUGGCAAACCAAAAGAUCUUCUAAAUUUGCAAAUUAGUACUCCACUUUAUAUAUACUAUACAGAGUUCAGCCAUCUUCAAGAUUUUUUUUUUUUUU